AUGGUCUCUGAAUCUACCAUUAGCAGUCAUGUUUCUCUGAUUUCCCUCGACCCUGUGCUUGCCAGUCAUAUCACCGGCGCCACAACCGCUCCCACAGCUUCGCAACAUGGCUCCAGUCCGAGAAAGAGCAGCAUGACUCCAGAUACCGAUCUGUCUCGCAGACAUUAUAGGAAUAACUCCGCUCCCAAUGCCACGCCGAAGAAAAGGUCAAAUUCGCUCAGACGUGCAAAGAACAGCACAGAAGUCUUGAGGCAGCGGUCUACAAAACUCGGCAGGAAAACAAAGCCUCUAGACUCGAUCGCAGACACUAGAGAAGGUCGCAACUUCACGAUUGGGAAUGUCGGCACCGGAGGCAUCCUGUACCUGACGCCCUCGGCCCACCAAAUACAUGUACCGCCGCAGAACCAUGUUGUCUCACCGGUGGUCUUGACCAUUCCGUCCACUGCCCCUGCUCAUCUAGGAGAUGACGACUAUGCCAGCUUUUCAAACAGCAAAAUCGCGGCCAAUCCUUCUGAUGUGGCUCCUCUACCGCGCUCGGCUUCCCCAUCGGAGCGAUCGAGACGGCUUUCUGUCAGGGCAGUGUCGGGUCCGCAUCACGGCCGCUCGCAAUCUUUCUCCACCGUGGAGGACCAUCGCCAGUCGUUGUCCGCAUCGAAAUCGAAGACUCUGAAGAUUGUCAUCAAUCGCCCGAAUACUGCCCGGCCAGAAUCAGUUGCUAGAUCCUCCCGAGAGGAAAACAAGGAUGCCUUGCCAACCCUAGAGGUGCCAAUCCCGCAUUAUCGUAUUGGGACCUUUCGUUUCAGUUCCCAUGGAACUCCCAUGCUGCGCAGCUCCUCCUACACCCGGGGAUCCGUUGCCCCAUCUGAUAUGACACCUACUGCGGCUAUGUUCGACGACGGCCGCCACGUUGGGGCGACGCCAGCGCCUGGACUCGAAGUAUUCGCCAAACCCGACGCUUCGCCAGUGGCGCGCGAGACUUCGUUCGGGUCAACGUCUCGGACAGUUUCAACCUUGACGAGCUCGGCCCGGCCCAAGCUUUUCGAUGAUCUGAACGCCGUUUAUGAUGAUCCCUCUAUUGUUCGCUACUGUCAGAAUGUGCAAGAGAUUACCGCGGCAACUCCAGCUCGGAUCAUUGCUCAAAUUUCCUCGGAUUCGUUCAUGGAUUACGAACUUGUGUCUGAUUUCUUCCUGACCUUUCGAUCGUAUAUGUCGACUCACAGCGUUUUGGACCUCCUCCUUGCACGGCUAAGAUGGGCAAUCGGUCGCUUGGAGGAGGAUGGGAGAAUCAUUCGGGUUCGGACCUUUGCGGCACUCAGACAUUGGAUUCUGAAUUAUUUCAUGGACGACUUUUUCGUCGAUCUUCGCCUACGACAGCGUUUCUGUGACGAGAUUAACGAGCUGUAUGCCGAUGUGAAGGCAAGCCCGCAACAUGGGUUUAGUGACCUCAAGCUUUUGCGCGACUUAAAACGCUGUUGGAACGGCCGCUGCUCGCUCUGUUGGAGUCCAGAGGAUUUUCAAUUGGAUGGCGAUCAAGAAGAGGAGAUUCAGCCAGGCGGAGGUACAGUCGAUACUGAAGCCACGCCCACCUCUCGUGUCGGUGUCAGCGCCCGUCCUCACCCGGUACAACCUCAAGCACCCCAACCAGAAGUCCUGCGUGGCCCAUCCACCAGCUGGUUUGAAGCAGACCCAAGCGUCAAGUCUCAUCAGCGCCAUACUCGACAGAAGUCAUUGGCUUCUGAUAGGGAUCCGGACUCACUGGCCAGCGAUGGUAGCCUGCAUGUCAACUCUUGCUUUGCACCAAAAUAUUUACUGAAGCCCAGCGGUGACGGUGAUGCCUUCUGCAAAGGGCCUCACCCGGUGUCGGUUCAACAAAGACGUAAGAAUGCACCGGCGAACCUCCAGGUCAAGACGCACACGACACUCGCGCCCAAAUCCCUGGGCCACAAACGAGGUGCAAGCUCAAUUGAUAGCAACAGAGAGCCUACACCCCGAAAGAGUGAUACUGAUUCACCUGCGGUGCUCGUGGAAGACGGAGGUAUUAUUCGGGGUCUCCUGUACAGUCCAAGUGCCCCCUUUGUCCAGAUCGUGUCCUCAGGAUCAACACAAUCGCUUGAUCGGAAUGAGCCAGGAAGUGUGCAGGGUCUCUCUGGAAGGGAGCAUGGGGCACACACGGGUAACAAUCCCGUUGGAAGAAAUAUUUUUGGCUCUUUGCGGAAAGUCUUGAGCAGCAAACACGGAAAUGUCAACGUGACACUUUUGGCAGUUUCACAAUCCUCGCAAGACGCCCCUGUCCGAGGUCACAAAUCACACCUUCCCCUCAACGUCUCCAAGUCUCACGAUGAGUUACGGCACAAGGCUGGAACGGCAAUGUCCAAGAAGGGCGAGGUCCGGAUUGAUCUCCUAUGUGCGGCGGUCUGUCAGAGCUAUGAAACGAAAUUCCCGACAAAACGUCGGAUCACUUAUGGGCCACUCUUCGCAAGCCAUCCUCCUUUCCAGCCUACCGCAGACGGUAGUGAUCGGCUAAUAACCCCACGGCAAGUUAGUCAUGCAACGGCUGAAAGCGGUUCUAUCCUCAUCGUGGAUGCUACCGGCGAUGACGUACCGGCAAUGUCGGGUGCCCUCCCCGCUGACCAACCGAAUGAAAUUACACCUGCCCUCUCCUUUCAGGAUGGACAUGCCGUGGCUACCGGCGAGCUUCGAGGGGGAAGUAUUGACGCCGCCGCGACCCAGAGAAGCUCAAAUGUCCUUGGAGACGAACGGGACACUCCAGCCAUCCAAGGCCCUGAAGGUCUAUCGGAAUCGGGCACAAUGAAUCUGGCCCAAUCUGGGCCACCUUCAGAGGACAGCCCUGGCCUGGCAGAGGUGGCACGUAGGCCUCUUUCGCCAAUGACUGCUAGCUCUAGGACUGUACGGGAUGACGUUCAGAUACUCGACGUUUCGGAACCAAUUGAAAGCGUGUCUCCAGAGGACGUGCCCACUCUCCCCGCGGAUCCAGAUCCGGUGCAGAACGAGCAGGAUAAGGACUUGGAUGAUACCUCACAGCCAUCGCUUCCGUCUCACCCACUAAGACGAAGACCAGGGGGCGAUUUGCGUCUCGUCGGGAAUGUACAAGAUUUAGACCAUGCGAGCCACCACGCCUCCCUCGACACAGCAAGCGCGGCCUCUGAUUCGCCUCAUGAAUCCUUGCUCAUCAUGAAGACAGAGACCGCUAUUCAAGGUGGACCGACGAAUGCACCGCCUCCCAAUAAAACAGUCUCCAUGAUCAACACCCAUUCCUCACAGCAUCUGCGUCCUUCAUUUGAGGCCGCUAUCGCCGGGUUUUCUGCCAUCCCCGACGAUGAUGAUGGUGGACUCGAAGCGACACUAAUGAAGCUUGAAGGGCGUUAUGAGAAGAAAUCACCACCCAUCGACCAACACCCGAUUGAUACCACGGGAAAGAGGCGGUCGCUGCCUGAUUUCGGUUCGAGCUCUCGACGCCAUUACCCAGCAUCUAUCGAGCCCAUCACCCUUGCCGGGCCCGUUUCGCACCCGAGCAAUGGUCAGAUUCGCGCAACAGUCAAUGAGGUGGCAUCUGAAUCAUCUCACGAUGAGAGGUCCAUUGACGCCCCCGAAGUUGUAGAAGCAAAGCCCUUGUCAUCACGGAGGUCAUCGAUCUAUGGACUUCCCACAGAAUCUGUCGCAGACUCGGAGGAGUCUUAUGGCUCUCUUCCUCUUUUGAAGCGCGAAAGGGGUUUUGAGAGCGUCAGCCAGGUAUUGCCCCUGGAUGUCGAUGUCGAGGCACCACCUGGAACAAUUGCACCUGGGUACUUUGCUCAAGAUCCUCCGCAGUUGUUUCACCUUCCAAAAGGGCCACCUCCUAGUGCCAGCAAGAAUCACAACAGCGGGGCCAGACCAUCGACGGCCAAUGAAAGUGCUCAAUCCUUUCUUCUGGACGAGGAUGAGAAUCUUUCGGACUUGUCUUCAGAGAUAUCCGUCGACAUCAUCAAUCAUGCCGAGAUUGCAGACCGUUCUAUCCAACCCAUGCUUGCGGCACCCGGGACCGCCCUCUCCGGACUGGAGAUACCAGCUCACCCACUAACCUAUGCUUCAGUUGUGAACCUCAAUGUUCCGGAGGAUCCUACGCGAAUAUCAGAUCCGGUUGGCGCUGCAGAGGCGAAUCGAGGAGCAACCCCCCCGCCCCCUCAACCGACGCAGUUCCAAGAUUCUUCAUCGUUGCAGCCACUAGCUCGCCUACCAGCGGGCCCGGCGCACAUCCCGUUCGUUCUCGCAUGUGAUUCGCAAGUCCUCGCGCAGCAAAUGACCCUCGUGGAGAAGUCGGCGCUCUCCGAAGUUGAGUGGUCGGACUUGGUGGACAUGCGUUGGAGCAGCAAGGCCGCUGACAUCUUGGACUGGGUGGACUGCCUGACAAAUGGACACAUCAGGGGGAUUGAUCUGGUCAUUACCCGCUUCAAUCUUGUGGUCAAAUGGGCAUUGUCCGAAAUCAUCCUCACUCACGAUGUGCAUGAGCGAGCACGAGUCAUCACCAAAUUUAUACACGUCGCUGCGCAUGCACGCCGGCUGCAUAAUUACGCAACCAUGCUCCAGCUUACCAUUGCACUCACCUCGACGGAUUGCACCCGACUUACAAAGACCUGGGACAUGGUGUCGGGUCCUGACAAGUCCCUCCUCAAGCACAUGGAGGCACUCGUGCAACCGGUCCGCAACUUCCAUGAACUUCGUCUAGAAAUGGAAUCGGCCGAUCUGAGCGAUGGCUGUGUUCCUUUUAUCGGCCUCUAUGUCCAUGACUUGACUUAUAAUGCCCAAAAGCCGUCCCAAAUUCAGGUCGGACGUGGGACCGAACCUCUGGUCAACUUUGAGCGCUAUCGAACAACCGCUCUCAUUGUGAAGGGACUCUUAAGGUUGAUCGAUGCAAGUUCCAGGUAUAAUUUCGACCCCCUACCUGGAGUCAUCGAGCGGUGCCUUUGGCUGGCCGCUCUGUCGGAUGGCCAAAUUCGCAGCGCCAGCCAAAUGCUGGAACGAUGA